AUGAGCGCAAAGCCUACUGCUGGCCCCCCUGAUGCCUGGGAAGAUGACUGGGAAAAGCAGGCAGAUAAAUUAGCGGAUGAUCCAACUCCUCCUCCAGAGAAGAAGGUAUCCUCGAAAGUCACCAAGGCGCAACGCAGGGCGCAACAGGCCGAAUUCAAUCGGCAGCUAUGGGCCGAAGCUGAAUCUCCACAAACUUUCCACUACCUAGAGGCUCGUUCCGAUAUCCCUUUGAAGCAAGAUUUCAAACCAGCGGUGACUGUACUCAGCCGCACACCUCAAUUGAUGACUCGCCAAUCAUCGUCCAGCGGAGUUUCUUCAGUGACGGCGGGCAUCAGUCGACUCGGUUUGGCGACCAAUGAUAGCCUGGAGGAUUCGGAUGACGACCAGAAACGGCCAGAACCGACUCCAGAAGAGCGGCAUGCCAUUGCCCUAAAAAACCUAGAAGAAAAACAACGGAAAUAUGAGGAAGUGAGAGAGAGACUGUUUGGAAGUCCGUCUGCAACCACCUCGGGUGCAUCGUCACCACGAAGCGCGACUCCUCCCAGACAGUUUGAGGGCAGAGGGAAGGGGAAAGGCCGCGGCAAUGGUAGAGACAACAAUAGAGACAAGAGAGACUCUUCUGCAUCUUCGACGAGGUCAAAACAGCUCUUUGACCCCGGAUAUUCCUCCAAACCCAAUUCAACCUACAUACAGAAGAAGGAGAGACAGCAAGCUGGCGAGCGAGUAGUGAAUGACCCGCCACAAUCUCCGCGGCAACCCAUUCGCAGUCCGAGAGGCCCAGAUGCCAUUGGACGAGGUGGUUUCAGAGCAGGCCACAGAGGCGCAAAGGCCACUUGA